UCAUGUCUCACCCGUCCCGCUUCUAGUUCCAGCCCUCUCGCUGGCUUGCAGCCUCGCUGGCAGAUUGACUACAGUACUGCGCCAGGUGUACUGCAUACUAGCAACUGCCGCUGCCUGGAAGUGAAGGACAUCUGCAAUGGCUUACAAGUCGUUCAACCAGUCAUAUGCGAACUUCAGAAGUCAUGGCGUAAGGCAACCCAGAAGGCAACCGACCCAUUACGUCUACCUGCCUAUUCCAGACCAGGUGAAGAGUGACCUCUCCGACCUCCAGUCGGCCAUGUGGGAUGACACCCAGAUCUUAAACCUAAGCCCGGUAUCUGGAAAACACUUGACCAUCGCGGUCUUCGAUCUCAGUCGUGAAAUGCCUAAUUACACGCCAGAUAGCCACUCAAUGACUACGAAUUUGCUCGAAAACAUCAUGUCGCAGGUGCCCGAAUUCCAAUUUCAACUUGGUGGCUUGGGCCACUUCCAAAGCAGGGUCGUCUACGUCCACGUUGAGCAAAGCGAACUCCUUUUGCAACUUCGGGAUGCCGUCAUCACGCGAUUCGAGGAGCGAGGGAUGGUGUGCACGGACAAGAGACCCUUCAACCCCCACAUUACUCUUUUCAAAGGAGACUUCGGAUUAUACAGAGGUUUUCAACACAAGGAAAGACUAAGGCAGUGUCUCUCUCGGGUCGCCGUUCCAAAUUUCCAGCCUGUUCCAGUUUGUAAACUGAGAAUUGGGAUGAUCACACGCAAUUUAUAACAUAAUAAUACAUAAGAACUGCGAUGAUAUUACGCAAUAUAUACAUAUCAUAAGGUAACAACAUGGUUACGGUAAUUCCAAAACUUGUUUACAUAAUAUAUGUAACUUACAUAAUACAUACAGGGUGGUCCAUAUGUAACUUACAUAAUACAUACAGGGUGGUCCGAAAGUCUUGUUACCCCUACGAAAAAGUACCAACAAUAGAGGUACAAGUAUUGCAAUAAUAUUAAUACAUAUUCAGGGUUCAGUUUAUUCUUGUUACCUCUAAGUAUUAUUUUAGUUUACACGAUUUUUUGUUGUAACAUUUUUUUUUUCAGAUAGCUGAAAGCAAGUUCUAUUGUUUCAGUGUUCUUAUUUCGUUAUAUUGUUCUUAUAUUGUUCUUACACUGAAUAAACUGAAUCCAGGACAUGUAUUUUGUAUUAUUGCAUUACUUGUACCUCUCUUGUUGGUACUUUUUGGUAGGGGUAACAAGACUUUCGGACCAAACCGUGCAAGGAUAUAAUAUUUAUAUUCUGAAUCAUGUCGUCAUUAAUCGUUUAUAUAGAAAUACUUUGUAUAUUUCUAUCUGUAUUUUAUAUAAGGUAGAGCAACUAUGUAUAUUUUUAACUAUAUUUUAUAAGGUAGAGCAACUAUGUAUAUUUCAUAAUAUAGUUUUAUACUUUAAUAUCUCUUAAUUGGAGAGUACAUAAACAAUUGUACGAAUGAAAAUCUGAAUAAA